AUGGCGUCGGAGUCAUUUCGUUUGACUAGAUGCCCGCCUCCUCGGCAGAGCCGAGGGACGAGGUUAAAUACCAUCAUCGAGGACUCCCGCGAGUCUCAGUUCUCAGAGAAGACCGAACCCAGUCCUCCGCCUGCCGGCACAAUUAGUCGAGCGCCACCCUUGAGAUUGAAAACCACUGGUCUUCAACCGCCGUCGAGGCUGAAUCGUGUCUGGUCGCCGUUAUCCACGGGGUCUUUAUCGUCCUGUUCGGAUACGGAAUGGCAACACCAGAUGCGGAACUUUGAUGAUUUAUACGACGCCACUGAUGAUGAUUCGGACAUGAGCGACGAUUGUACAUCAUUUGCAAGUUCGCGACCGACGAUAGUAUCUCCAGUCAGUCGCAAGCGGUAUCCGAGUCUCACCAUCCCGUCGCCAACAACUUUCUCGUCACUGAACGGCGCUCCUAAAAGCUCGCCGGUUCCGCCCACUCCACCGCCAAAGAUUCCGGUCUCUCCAGCGGCCUUAUCAAUGCUUGGGCAUUCGGUCCCCGCCGUGCAUGCUCCGCCCUCCCUGGAUGGCACGACUCCAGAUCUCCAGUCGCUUCCUGAUGCUGACUGGAGCUCCCAGGAAAUCCACGUCCAGCCGGAUCUCGAAGAGACAGGCCAUGUGGAUAUGCCGAACCCCGAGUCCAACUCUGAUAUCCAGAGCAUCGAGAUCGCAGUUGAAAAUGUCGAGGACCAUUGGCAGCAAGUUUUGGGGAGCUUUCCUCGAAUUCCUGGUCAAACAACGCCAACCUCUCAUCAUAUCCCGUCCGAACCUGCGCGGGAGGACACGCCCUCGGACGGAGGGCUGUUCUUACCAGAAGAUGCUCUGGCAACGUUGAGACACAUCACCCUUGAGGGGACACCAGAUCCGUGGUCAGAAACCUCUGAGGGAAAUGAAGAGAUCGCUGGCGACGCAACCCCGGCUUCGGACAUAUCUGGGUACAGCUUUAGUAGGCUCAGUAUUCCGUCCCCCGGUGGUUUCUUUUCUUCUCUUGGACCGCGAGCUCGCCACACCUGGUCAAUUCCAAAGGGCUAUAGACCUCCCACGUCUGCCACUGCUGAAAACUUUUACAAUCUACCUUUCGGCCGGACCGAAGGGGAAGUUGUUGAACAAGUCAUCGAGUGCAACCGACGUUUGACUGAAGAGCAACUGACAGCUGUGUACGAUCCAAUGAGUGGACCGCCAACCGCCAUCCGAGUUCCUCCUGAGAAUUCAGACGAGUCACAGGAACAUCCGGAAAGUCCAGUCAGUGAUGGUGUAGAUGGGGUACAUGAGAUUGUAAGACCCGAUACUAUUUGCGAGGACGAUGAACAGGACGAGAAUUAUGAGAGUGAACUGCAAAAGAAGUCAAUGGCAAGCCUUGACAGAACUAGUGUCUGGCUUGCAGCGCAGGCUUCCUAUCUUUCUGCUCUCCGUGAAACGAAUCCCGUCAACGCUGAAGAUAUUGAGGCUGAUGCUCGACUUGAUGAUGAAUCGGAAAGUCAAGACACUGCUGCUGCUGAGGAAGACACCCAACAGAUCACCCGCAAAAGAUCUGUCCGGUUCGCCGAGGAUGUUCCCGAGGCGCCCAGUUCUGGUCCAUCUGCCAUGGCAAGCAAGGACUCGAUCUACUGGCGAGGCUUCCAGUUCAUCCGUCAACAGUCAAACAAUCAGGAUACUUUUGUGCACCGUAACAUACGUUUCGACGCUAUCCAAUCUUUGUUGGGCAAUUACGAGCUCGUCCGCCCCGAACGUCCAGCCUACAAGGGGCCAUUUUCGCAGGCCCCCCGCAACUCGGUGAUUGCCUCGGUCUUGGCGGAAAAGGCACAGUUUUCCAUGCUAGAGAAAGAGCAGAUGGUCCUUUCCCAAAUCAGCCAGUCCAUGUGGGCCAUGGAUGCUUUGAGAUAUCUCAAUGGCGGCAACUUGAUUGCUAGCCCCGCCGCAAAGCGCCUUUCACGAUACUCCACGUCCACGAAGGCUCCGCAGGGUUCCGGUACCCGCCGUCUUAGGGUCUUGGACCUGGGAGGACAUGCUUCCUGCGAGUGGGCAUGGCAGUUCGCUCAUGACUAUCGCAAUGUCAAGGUCUACACUGCGUUCACUGAACAUCAGGCAGUCAACCAUGCCAUCAAAGGCCCCUCAAAUCACCAGCCGGUGUCUGUUCAGUGCCUUUGGAAACUGCCUUUCCCUGACAAUAAGUUUGACGUGAUCUCCGCUCGCUCGCUCCCUGCACUGUUGAAAACGGAGCAUCCGCCAGGUGAAAAUCAGGACGAGUAUGACCUUUGCCUCAAGGAAUGCUACCGCUGCCUCAAGCCUGGGGGCGUUUUGGAAUUCUUUGUCAUGGAUGCCGAAAUAUCGCGUGCAGGACAAUGUGCUUCAGCUGCCUCGGUCGAGUUUGCAUUCAAUCUGAAGACUAGAGGAUACGAUCCAACGCCUACAAAAAGGUUCCUCAGCCGCUUGCGAAAGGGGGAUUUCGUUGGCACCAAGCGUGCUUGGAUGUUCCUACCUAUGGGUAUCGAGCCUGUCAAACCACAAGUACCGAGAGAGACCCCUGAACCUCGAGUGAAGAGCCAAAUCGACGAUACAACCGAUGUCGCCAGUUGGCUUCUGAAACUCCAGAUCGAAAUGGGUCGAGAACAAGACAAGCUGCUUGAAGGCAUCGGAAGUCGUUCUACCUAUGAAGAUAUCUUUUUCAAGACCCUCACGAACCAGACCGUCAUUAUCGAACUCAAAAAUGAUAUUCGCAUUCGCGGAACUCUGAAAUCGGUCGACCAAUACCUCAACAUCAAGCUGGAUGAUGUCGACGUCCUAGACCUGGACAAAUACCCCCACCUGUCGUCGGUCAAGAACAUGUUUAUCCGAGGCAGUGUGAAGACGGACGGCCCGCCUCAAGCUACGUCGCGACAGUCUCGAAUCACGCAAUUUGCCACGAAAUCGGAACGCUCGCCCAGCAGUGGGAACUGUACGCCCGGCCUUCGAAGAGAAAGCAGCUCCAAGUCGGUUGAUACUGCCGGAGGCCUGUUUUUGGAAGACAAGAAUGGCAAAGGAUCGCUUUUCGGAGAGACUGGGGCGAACACGAGAACUGAACGAGCGAGGUCACGCACGCCAGACGAUAUCUGGGGCGAGGACGCUGAAGAGGAAGAUGUGCUUGGUGAUGCACGGUAUAAUGAGAAUGGGUCUGCAGUAAAGAAGCGGAAAGUGGACUCUCCUCUAGAUAGGCAAAAUGCUUCGAAUGAGGCCGAUCCAAGUCCUGCGCCAAAACCUCCGAAAGCUCGCCACCUUAGCGGUCCUUUCAUCGAUGAAUCCGAUAGCGAGGAUGAUAUUGGUGAAUUUGGGAAUCUCAAUGAAGAGCCACCGGAAUUGAAAACAGACACAAAGAGCAACGAAGGACAAUCCGGUCCCAAUGAUAACGAUGACAAUUCGAUCGAGAGUAAACGACCGAUCUCCGUCGUCCCGCCAUUGGUAAGAGAAGCCACGAGCCAUGUCGCAGAUGAAUAUACCAAUUUUGACGAUAUAGAAGAAGACGAAUUCAAAGGGGAAGAAGAAUUCAUAGACCAGGAGAACGACCUUGAAGAGAUGGAUGCCGACGAAGCAAUCGAUUUUGAUGAUUUGAACGACUGUACGGGUUUAGAAGAAUGCAAUAUGAGUUCUGGCGGCGAGGUUCCCACAUGUCCAAUAUGCCAGGCUCAGCUACCGGGUCUCAGUGAAGCUGAUAUGGCAGUGCAUGUAAACGACUGUCUUGAUGGGAAGCCAAGCACCGUUCCGGCAAUUUCGAAGCCAGCCAGUCCGCCGAAGGGGUCAAAGCCCGCCGAUCGGGCUUCGAUAGCCAGACCCGCGCAAAAAGAUCCACACACAGACAAAAGCUCAUCGAAACCGGGAUCUGCAUUUUCCAAACUCAUGGCGGGCAAUGCCGAAGACUCGGCGUGGGCGACUGCGGCAGCACGUGAGAUCAUGCCGGGAUUUUCUAUAUGCGUGGACGCUUUUCGUUACGGAGCAGUUGAAGGCUGCAAUGCGUAUUUCCUCACACACUUUCACAGCGAUCAUUACAUCGGCCUCACAUCGUCAUGGCGCCAUGUGCGUCAACAACUUAGGGUCGAUCCCAAAUGGCUGGUAGGCUUAGAAUUCGAAAAGAAACACGACGUUCCGGGGACCAAUGGGGUGCAGGUGACCUUGAUCGAAGCAAACCACUGCCCCGGGAGUGCACUAUUUCUGUUUGAGAAGACAACGGAGUCCGGGGCAUCGAUCAAAAUACAACGUAUCCUGCAUUGCGGUGAUUUCCGAGCAUCUCCCACCCAUGUACAACAUCCUCUCCUCCGCCCGGAGAUUGUGGAUUCUGCAACGGGCCGGAGUCGACAGCAGCGGAUUGACGCGUGCUAUCUCGACACUACAUACCUCAGCCCCAAAUACGCGUUUCCAAGCCAAGGGGAUGUCAUUAAAGCCUGUGCUGAUCUCUGCGCUGGUCUUGAUCAAGGCUCGGACGAGGAGUUUAGCCAGAUGGUUCAACAGAAUGGGUCGGCAAAUUCGGGGCAGGGAAGCAUAAUGAGCCGCUUUUUCUCUUCUGUUACGGGCUCAGGAAAGUCGCAGAACCGGUCUUCCCGGUCAAGCGGUCGGCUGCUGGUGGUGAUUGGGACGUAUAGUAUCGGCAAGGAACGCAUCUGCCUGGGUAUUGCACGGGCGUUGAAAAGCAAAAUCUACGCAACGGCCGCCAAGCAGCGCGUGUGCAAUUGCCUAGACGAUACCGAACUAUCAUCUCUCUUGACAGAUGACCCGCACGAGGCCCAGGUGCACAUGCAAACCUUGUUCGAGAUCCGCGCCGAAACCUUAGCAGAUUACCUGGAUUCGAUGAAGCCACAUUUUACGCGCGUGGUAGGAUUUCGGCCGACCGGCUGGUCAUAUCGGCCUCCCGCCGGACGAAUCCUGGAUAAUCCAUCGGUGUCGACGGUGCUUCAUUCGGCUCGAUGGCAGACGCCGUUCACAGCCCGGGACUUGGUUCCACAACGCGGUAGCACGAGAGAGAGCGCCUGCUUCGGUGUUCCGUACAGCGAGCACAGUUCUUUCCGUGAGCUUACCAUGUUCUGCUGCGCCCUCCGGAUCGGCCGGGUGAUCCCCACGGUAAACGUCGGUAGCCAGAAGAGUCGGGAUAACAUGAAGGGAUGGAUCGAACGGUGGGAGGCGGAAAAGAGAAAGAGCGGGCUUUCCCAUUCCUUUUGCACUAUGAUUUCCGAUCUCAUCGCCCCGUACGGGCCUUAUUUUCUGCUGGCUCUGCUAGCGGCCUACUAUCUGGUCCCAUACCUGCAGCUAUGGCGCCUCCGUGAUAUUCCUUCCCCCAGCGUGGCCGGUUUCACCAACUUCUGGCUGGUGCUGCAAGCUCGCAAAGGCCAUCGCUUCCUCUCCGUGCACGAAGCCCACAAGCAAAAUGGCAAAUUGGUCCGCAUUGCCCCCAGAAACAUCUCAAUUGCCGACGAUGCCGCCAUUCCUCUCAUUUAUGGACACGGAAAUGGUUUCCUCAAGGCGGACUUCUAUGAUGCCUUUGUCUCCAUCCGCCGUGGUCUGUUCAACACUCGCAACCGUGAGGAACAUUCUCGCAAGCGCAAGACCGUUUCUCAUACUUUCAGUAUGAAGUCGAUCGGUCAGUUCGAACAGUACAUCCACGGCAACGUCGAGCUGUUCGUGAAGCAAUGGAACCGCCUCGCCGAACUGCAGGGCAACCCGAAGACCGGCUACGCGACCCUUGACGCUCUCAAUUGGUUCAACUACCUGGCCUUCGACAUCAUCGGUGACCUGGCCUUUGGAGCUCCGUUCGGCAUGCUCGAGAAGGGUAAGGAUAUCGCCGAGAUGCGCAAGACCCCCGACGCUCCCCCGUCGUAUGUCCAGGCCGUCGAAGUGUUGAACCGCCGAGGCGAGGUCUCCGCCACGCUGGGCUGCUUCCCAUCUCUCAUCCCCUUCGCCAAGUACAUCCCCGACCGAUUCUUCAAGGACGGCAUGCAAGCCGUCGAGAACCUCGCCGGUAUCGCCGUCGCCCGGGUCAAUGAGCGUCUGCGCCCCGAAGUUAUGGCCAACAACACCCGUGUUGACCUCUUGGCCCGCCUUAUGGAGGGCAAGGACUCUACUGGCAACAAGCUGGGCCGCGAAGAGCUCACCGCCGAGGCCCUGACGCAGUUGAUCGCCGGCUCCGACACCACCUCCAACACCUCCUGCGCCAUCCUCUACUGGUGCAUGCGCACUCCCGGUGUGAUUGAAAAGCUCCACCGCAUUCUCGACGAAGCCAUUCCCCAGGAUGUUGACGUUCCCACGCACUCCAUGGUGAAGGACAUUCCCUACCUCCAAUGGGUCAUUUGGGAAACCAUGCGUAUCCACAGUACCUCCGCCAUGGGUCUCCCCCGCGAGAUUCCUCCCGGCAGCCCGCCCGUCGAGAUCGCCGGCCACGUCUUCCAAGCCGGCGACGUCGUCUCCGUUCCCAGCUACACCAUCCACCGCUCCACCGAGAUCUGGGGCCCCGACGCCGAGGAAUUCGUUCCCGAGCGCUGGGAUCCCGCCCGUCUCACGUCGCGUCAAAAGGCUGCCUUUAUCCCCUUCAGCACGGGCCCUCGCGCCUGCGUCGGCCGCAACGUCGCCGAAAUGGAACUCCUGGUCAUCUGCGCCACGGUGUUCCGACUCUUCGAGUUUGAAAUGCAGCAGGAGGGUCCCAUGGAAACCAGCGAGGGUUUCCUGCGCAAGCCGUUGGGCUUGCAGGUGGGAAUGAAGAAGCGAGUGGUUGCUUAA